AUGCAGACAACCAGCCAGGAGAAAACAAUACGGUCAUGCAGACAACUUACAGCCAGGAGAAAACAAUACAGUCAUGCAGACAGCUUACAGCCAGGAGAAAACAAUAUGGUCAUGCAGACAACUUACAGCCAGGAGAAAACAAUAUGGAUAAUGAAAAAGGCAGGGUUCGAGUAUGGCGGGGGUACGAAUGUGGCUAGUCAGAUGCAAAGUGAAGUAAUAAGGAAAGAUACAGAGGAGGAACUUUGGGAUUUCUCAAGAGGAGAUGCCUCUAGAAUCCACGAUUCAGACACAGCUGCUACAGGUGGUGCCUCUAGCAAUCACGAUUCAGACACAGCUGCUACAGCUGGUGCCCCUAGCACUCACGAUUCAGACACAGCUGCUACAGGUGGUGCCUCUACCCCUCGCGAUUCAGACACAGCUGCUACAGGUGGUGCCUCUACCCCUCGCAAUUCAGACACAGCUGCUACAGGUGGUGCCUCUACCACUCGCGAUUCAGACACAGCUGCUACAGGUGGUGCCUCUAGCACUCGCGAUUCAGACACAGCUGCUACAGGUGGUGCCUCUAGCACUCGCGAUUCAGACACAGCUGCUACAGGUGGUGCCUCUAGCACUCACUAUUCAGACACAGCUGCUACAGGUGGUGCCUCUAGCACUCACGACUCAGACACAGCUGCUACAGUUGGUGCCUCUAGCACUCAUGAUUCAGACACAGCUGCUACAGGUGGUGCCUCUAGCACUCAAGACUCAGACACAGCUGUUACAGGUGGUGCCUCUAGCACUCACGACUCAGACACAGCUGCUACAGGUGGUGCCUCUAGCACUCACGACUCAGACACAGCUGCUACAGGUGGUGCCUCUAGCACUCACGACUCAGACACAGCUGCUACAGCUGGUGCCUCUAGCACUCACGACUCAGACACAGCUGCUACAGGUGGUGCCUCUAGCACUCACGACUCAGACACAGCUGCUACAGCUGGUGCCUCUAGCACUCACGACUCAGACACAGCUGCUACAGGUGGUGCCUCUAGCACUCACGACUCAGACACAGCUGCUACAGCUGGUGCCUCUAGCACUCACGACACAGACACAGCUGCUACAGGUGGCGCCUCUAGCACUCACGACUCAGACACAGCUGCUACAGCUGGUGCCUCUAGCACUCACGACUCAGACACAGCUGCUACAGGUGGCGCCUCUAGCACUCACGACUCAGACACAGCUGCUACAGCUGGUGCCUCUAGCACUCACGACUCAGACACAGCUGCUACAGCUGGUGCCUCUAGCACUCACGAUUCAGACACAGCUCCUACAGCUGGUGCCUCUAGCACUCACGAUUCAGACACAGCUGCUACAGCUGGUGCCUCUAGCACUCACGAUUCAGACACAGCUGCUACAGCUGGUGCCUCUAGCACUCACGAUUCAGACACAGCUGCUACAGCUGGUGCCUCUAGCACUCACGAUUCAGACACAGCUGCUACAGGUGGUGCCUCUGGCACUCACGAUUCAGACACAGCUGCUACAGGUGGUGCCUCUAGCACUCACGAUUCAGACACAGCUGCUACAGGUGGUGCCUCUAGCACUCACGACUCAGACACAGCUGCUACAGGUGGUGCCGCUAGCACUCACGACUCAGACACAGCUGCUACAGGUGGUGCCUCUAGCGCUCACGAUUCAGACACUGCUGCUACAGGUGGUGCCUCUACCACUCACAAUUCAGACACAGCUGCUACAGGUGGUGCCUCUAGCGCUCACGAUUCAGACACUGCUGCUACAGGUGGUGCCUCUAGCACUCACGAUUCAGACACAGCUGCUACAGGUGGUGCCUCUAGCGCUCACGAUUCAGACACAGCUGCUACAGGUGGUGCCUCUAGCACUCACGAUUCAGACACAGCUGCUAAAGGUGGUGCCUCUAGCACUCACGACUCAGACACAGCUGCUACAGGUGCUGCCUCUAGCACUCACGACUCAGACACAGCUGCUACAGGUGGUGCCUCUAGCACUCAUGAUUCAGACACAGCUGCUACAGGUGGUGCCUCUAGCACUCACGAUUCAGACACAGCUUCUACAGGUGGUGCCCCUAGCGCUCACGAUUCAGACACAGCUGCUACAGGUGGUGCCUCUAGCACUCACGAUUCAGACACAGCUGCUACAGGUGGUGCCUCUAGCACUCACGAUUCAGACACAGCUGCUACAGGUGGUGCCUCUAGCACUUACGAUUCAGACACAGCUGCUACAGAUUCAGACACAGCUGCUACAGGUGGUGCCUCUAGCACUCACGAUUCAGACACAGCUGCUACAGGUGGUGCCUCUAGCACUCACGAUUCAGACACAGCUGCUACAGGUGGUGCCUCUAGCACUCACGAUUCAGACACAGCUGCUACAGGUGGUGCCUCUAGUGCUCACGAUUCAGACACAGCUGCUACAGGUGGUGCCUCUACCACUCACGAUUCAGACACAGCUGCUACAGGUGGUGCCUCUAGCACUCACGAUUCAGACACAGCUGCUACAGGUGGUGCCUCUAGCGCUCACGAUUUAGACACAGCUGCUACAGGUGGUGCCUCUAGCACUCACGAUUCAGACACAGCUGCUACAGGUGGUGCCUCUAGUGCUCACGAUUCAGACACAGCUGCUACAGGUGGUGCCUCUACCACUCACAAUUCAGACACAGCUGCUACAGGUGGUGCCUCUAGCACUCACGAUUCAGACACAGCUGCUACAGGUGGUGCCUCUAGCGCUCACGAUUCAGACACAGCUGCUACAGGUGGUGCCUCUAGCACUCAUGAUUCAGACACAGCUGCUACAGGUGGUGCCUCUACCACUCACAAUUCAGACAUAGCUGCUACAGCUGGUGCCUCUAGUGCUCACGAUUCAGACACUGCUGCUACAGGUGGUGCCUCUAGCACUCACGAUUCAGACACAGCUGCUACAGGUGGUGCCUCUAGCACUCACAAUUCAGACACAGCUGCUACAGGUGGUGCCUCUAGCACUCACGAUUCAGACACAGCUGCUACAGGUGGUGCCUCUAGCACUCACAAUUCUGACCCAACUGCUACAGGCGGUAUAUUAUCUCUAGAAUCACAUUGUUCCUGA